GGCGCCCAGGCAGCCUCUUGGGGGAUGGGGCGGGGUCGGCCUGGGCCACCUCCCUCAUUCUCCCCGCGGGCCGAGCCGCCCCUCUCUCCCGCCCCUCCUCCUCCCUUUCCCACCCCUCGGAGUGGAGCUGCACAUGCGGCAGCUCUCUGCUCUGUUCCGCCCAGCCUCCGUUGCUCUGGAACGGGUCCCUGCAGCCCCCAGCCGAUGGCAGGGCAGUAGCCGCCUGUCAGGGGUCCUGAACGGCUGAGGCAGACGCUGCGGCUCCAGGGCCUCAGAGAGUGGGUGUCUCCGGAGGCCAUGGGCUACCCAGAGGUAGAGCGCAGGGAACCUCUGCCCACGGCAGCGCCGCGGGAGCGGGGGAGCAAGGGCUGCGGCUGUCGCGGGGCCCCUGCCCGGGCGGGCGAAGGGAACAGCUGCCGGCUCUUCCUGGGUUUCUUUGGCCUCUCGCUGGCCCUCCACCUGCUGACGUUAUGCUGCUACCUAGAGUUGCGGUCCGAGUUGCGGCGGGAAAGGGGAGCCGAGUCCCGCCUCGGCCCCAGCACCCCUGGCACCUCUGGCACCCUGAGCAGCCCCGGUGGCCUUGACCCUGACGGUCCCAUCACCCGCCACUUCAGGCAGCCAUCACCUCAGCAGCAGCAGCCGCCGCUGGAACCGGGAGAAACCACACUCCCCCCACACUCCCAGGACGGGCACCAGAUGGCCCUUCUGAAUUUCUUCUUCCCUGAAGAAAAAUCAUACUCUGAAGAGGAAAGUAGGCGUGUUCGCCGCAAUAAAAGAAGCAAAAGCAGUGAAGGUGCGGAUGGUCCAGUUAAAAACAAGAAAAAGGGAAAGAAGGCAGGACCUCCUGGGCCCAAUGGCCCUCCGGGACCUCCAGGACCCCCAGGACCCCAGGGACCCCCAGGGAUUCCAGGAAUUCCUGGAAUUCCAGGAACAACUGUGAUGGGACCACCUGGCCCUCCAGGUCCCCCUGGUCCUCAGGGACCCCCUGGCCUACAGGGACCUUCUGGAGCUGCUGAUAAAGCUGGACCUCGAGAAAACCAGCCAGCUGUGGUGCAUCUACAGGGCCAAGGGUCAGCAAUUCAAGUCAAGAAUGAUCUUUCAGGUGGAGUGCUCAAUGACUGGUCUCGCAUCACCAUGAACCCCAAGGUGUUUAAGCUACAUCCCCGCAGCGGGGAGCUGGAGGUACUGGUGGACGGCACCUACUUCAUCUAUAGUCAGGUAGAAGUCUAUUACAUCAACUUCACCGACUUCGCCAGCUACGAGGUGGUGGUGGACGAGAAGCCCUUCCUGCAGUGUACCCGCAGCAUUGAGACAGGCAAGACCAACUACAACACUUGUUACACCGCGGGGGUCUGCCUCCUCAAAGCCAGGCAGAAGAUUGCCGUGAAGAUGGUACAUGCCGACAUCUCCAUCAAUAUGAGCAAGCACACCACCUUCUUUGGGGCCAUCAGGCUGGGCGAGGCCCCUGCAUCCUAGAUUCCCCCCACUUUCUGCCCAUGCUCCCACCCCUGCCCCAGAGCUGGGAGCUGGGACUCCCAGAACCUCUCAGUGCUGCUGUGGAAUGAGGUGUGAUGGGUGUCACAGCCACAGAGAUCGAUAAUCCAGGGCUAUUUAUUCCCCAGUGACUCCAGGAUGAUGAGGAGGCCCGCUUGACUUUCCAGAAUGACCUUGAGUUCACAGGAGGGUUGAUGGAGCCCCAGGGUUUGUAGGAAGCAGGACCUUCUUCCUUGGCUCCGUGUCAGCUGGCUUAUGGCUCGACUCUUCAACCUCAAGGUCGCUUUUGUCAGAGUGAUUGUUUCUUGCACUAAGGUGGGGAGUCCAGGGCAGCAGGCAAGAGAAAGCAAAAGUGGACUCCAGACUGUGGGGGCAAGCCUCUGACCCUAAAGGGGCUGCUCUUCCUCUCUUGGGUAGGGCUGGGGGCAAGGGUGGGGCGGGAGGGGAGCAGUAAAGCCUAAGCAGAUGGAUGGGGAGGGGAAAGGCAGGCACUGGUGGCAGAGACCCAGGGAGAAACCUGCCAAGCCUCAGGGUCCAGGGGAACAGGGCAGGGGGGCUCUUCGCACUCUUCCCACUCAGGCUGUGAGCCAGCUCACAGCAACUUGCUGGGUUUUGGGGGACAGGAGGUUGGCAGGGAAUGGCCACACACUGCUGGGCGCCUGCGCAAGAACCUGAAGGCAGACUUGGGGCCACGUGUCUUCCACUUUGUUUACAACCAUGUUCCACACUCAGAAAAAUCUCUGGGUUCCCUUCCAAUUGCCCCCUUUCCCACCCGGACCAGAACUCCUGUCUUGUUUCUCCACAGAGCCUACCUCUGUCUAAGACAGGUGCCUCCCCUGGGACCUGUGCUUAUGUGAGUCUGGGACACUCUUCCCUUGACCUGGGCGCAAAGAGUCCUUGACGUUUAUUAAGCGACACAAAUAUUCAUCUAGUCGAGUUGUGUCUGGGGGCAAAGGGUUGGACUGGGUGACCUCUGGGAAUCCCUUCAAAUUCAAAUACUUAGGCAGCUUCCAGGAUAGCCUACAAAAAUUCCCAAACCCCAGCCUGCCCCCUAGGCAUCAGCAAGGCAGAAAUUUUCUGCCUGACCCCAAAAAGGGCAAAAAGUGGGUUUUUUUCUUCUCAAGGUUGCUGUGACCUAAGUGGCCAUGAGCCUAGAUGCUAUCCAAAAGGACAGCCACCAAUGCCCUGCACACCCACCUUUCCUCACUCUGGCUUCAGAAAGCCAUAGCAGAAUCACUAGAGAUUCCAGGGCCGUUCACCUGAAUCCAGACUCAAGAGAAGCCAGCAUCUAGGCAUCAGGCAAGGCUCUGCCCUGUAGCCAGGUCCAAAGAUCCCUUACCCACCCACCCACCCACCCCUCGACCCCAAGUUCCCCACUGGAUCACAUUGUAGGACCAUUCAAGGGCCUGAUCUCUUACUGCCGGGGGCCAGCCUGGUUUCUGGAUGCUGGGUCUAGCCCAAAACUAGGGAGGGCCAACGUUGUACAGUCUGCUACUUUUGCUCCUGAAACAAAUUUCCUUCGGAGGAGAGGAGAGAAGGGGAGAGGAGAGGACAGGAGAGGAGAGGAGAGGGAGGGGAAGGGAGGGGACGGGAGGGGAGAGGAAAGGAAGGGAGGGGAGGGGAGGGGAGGAGAGGGGAGGGGAGGGGAGAAGGGACUUAUCCUUCAGGCAGCUGAAAUCCACCAAGAACUGGUACUCAUUUCUCCACUGUACCUUCCCUUUCCAAACAGCCACAAUGCUCGCCCCAUGGCAGGUCCAGACCAGAGUGGCAGGCUAUGAACCAGGCUAAGGAUCCUCUCCUUAAAGUCUGGAAAGUACUUUCUCAUUAUCUCCUUUGAGGAUACUAUGAAUCCCAUUGUGUAGACAGGGCCCGGAGAGGUGAAGUGAUGUUCCAGGAUCCGCACCAGUUUAGGCCACAGCCCGGGGCUUCAGGCAGAUCCGCCUCCAAAGCUAUUCCAUUAUGCAGCAUUGUGUUGAACUUGCAGUCUAGAGAGAACCAACAAAAAUGGGAAUAAGGACCCCAGAUCCUUCAGCAUCCCAGAGAGAAACCCAGAGGUGCUUGUUUUCGUUCCUUGAUGGUAAUUCCUUGAUGUUCUUUUGGUUCCUGGGGACUUUGUGGCAAAAAGAGUAGGACAUUUCUUUGGGAAACUGCCAUCAGCCUUAGGGCUCUUGUGGUCAGAAUUGUCUCGGCACCAUGUCGAAGCAGCAGGCCUCCAGUACCCCCAGAACUAUACCCCUCAUGCUCUUCCACCCACCCAUUGAGUACUGGAGCCCCUGCCAUGGGCAAGGGCCUCCACUGGUUACCGUACAGACAGGCCACGGGAGCUGGUCCACUUUCCACAGCUACUCAGUGGCUCCUUGGUUCUUCCUAACAUCCCACGGAGGGCUUUGUUCUACCAGGAUGUCUCCUGAUGGAGGAAAAGCCCCAGAGAGAUGCCUGGCUCUAAAGCCAGAUGUGUGUGAGGAGAGGGGAGGAGGAGGCUUCCUAACUGUACCCCUAAAGGACAUUCUGACUCCCAUUCGGAGGUCCAGAUAGGGAGGGGAUUAUAGGGGCGAUAGGCUUUUGCAUGGGACCCUGUCUUCAUUGUGAACCCUCCUAAGGAACUAGAGGGAAGGAGGCGAGGACAGAAGCAAUAGACAGCUGGGGACCUAUUGCAGUGAACUCGUCAACAACGUGGUGAAACAAUUCACUAGCAAGAGGAUGUGGGAAUAGAUUUACGGUCUGAAAUGGCACUGACGUGAGUUCAUCACAGGCCCAGGGCUAGCACUGGAAAUGGGAUGAGGACAUUUGUGAGCAAGCAGAUGGCAGAGGUUUGAAGGAGAAUUGUAUGGCUGGGGACUUGGCCAGCUGCUUGGGCUUCAGUGGCCAAGGCCGGCAUAAAAGCCAGCCAUUGGGGGCUGUUCACCUCCUGGUUCCUUGGGAAAUGUCUUUGCCUUCUGGCCCCCCUCAUCCAUCCUGAGCCAGAUUCCUUUCACCGGAGCAGGAAAGGGCUAAGAAGCCUGGAGGCGAGCAGAGGUUGGAUCCCUGUGCAAGCACCUAUGUUUUCUGUAACUUCCAGUGGAUACGAAUAGAGUCAGAGAACUUUAGAGCGAGACCCAGAGGCCCAGAGACGGAAGGUCAUCUGGCCAAGGUGACCGAGCCCUGACCUGCAGACUCAAAGGAGUGAGGGGGUGGAGCAGCCUCUGUCCUGCACCGACCCCUCCCUUCUUCUACCCCCAGACUCAAGACUGGAAGUGCUGGGCCCCCUUCGGGAGCCCGGCCAGGCAGGGGAGAGAGUCCCCUUAGGGGCCAUCAGAACUCUUUCCCCCUCCGCCCAGGCAUUCUCCCUGCUGUGGUCUCUGUACUGGAAGGCUCUGGACUGGCCCAAUACCAGGAAGUCCUAGGCUACCCAGGCUCUCCCUUGGCCUGGCCCGGAGGAUCCCCUAGGCCGCAGUGAGCACAAAGAAGGAAGUGGAUUGUUUCUUUUAACGCCCUUGGCGGCUCUCUCCAGGGGGACUCGGGGUAUGUCAUUUCUUGAUUCAAAAAACUUCCACCUGGGGUGGGGGGGUGGGCUUUGUGGUGAGAAUGGCCUGGAGCAGGCCCAGUGCUGCUUUGGGGGGUCAGCUUCCAGUGUGAGAUACUAUGUAUAUAAACUAUAUAUAAUGUAUAUAAACUGGGAUGUAAGUUUGUGUAAAUUAAUGGUUCAUUCUUGGCAAAUAAAGCUUUUUUUUUUCUUUC